GCUGAUUUUUUCGCUGAUUUCUCUUUGCUAUGCAACGAAAAACAACAGCAGCGGUGGCAAGCCGAAUUGUAACAUGGGCACUCACCCACAUCCACCAUAUGGACCCUAUGCUUAUGGUGCUCUUUUUGGUGCACCAGGGAUACCAGGUAUUCCCGGGAGCCCAGGACCCGCGGGACCCACGGGCAUCGCAGGGCCACCCGGUCCUCGUGGUUCUACGGGACCACAAGGGGACAAGGGCGACGCAGGAAAGGCGGGAAACCAAGGCCUCACAGGUAAACAGGGACCCCCAGGAAAAUUGGGACCUCAAGGGUCCACAGGCCGGCAGGGUCGCCGUGGAACCAAAGGUGAUGCAGGGGAUAAAGGAAGCCAGGGAGCCCCAGGCCUCCGGGGUCCUCCAGGAGCUCUCGGGAGUAAUUGGAAACAGUGUGUUUUCAAAAAUUUGAACGAUGGAAAGGACACUGGCUUGAUAAAGGAAUGCCUUUUCAUCAAAAAGUCGGCCAAAACAGCUCUGCGCGUGUUUUGGAGUGGCAACCUCCGCAUCGCUAACUGCCAUGGUUGCUGCAGACGAUGGUAUUUUACCUUAAACGGCGCAGAGUGCUCAGCUCCUGCUGCAAUUGAUGGCGUAGUCUACAUGGUACAUGGAAGUGGCGGCAAAAAGAAUUUACACCGCCCCCGUCAUAUCGAGGGUGUGUGCGAGAAAGUCCACAAAGGUGUUGUGCGCGUUGGAUUCUGGGUCGGUAACUGUAGUGGGUACGGAUCUGCUGACGCAUACACAGGCUGGAACUCAGUGUCCCGGAUCUACGUGGAAGAAGUACCACCCCCACAGGCAUAAUGUCGUAUACUACCAUGGUUUUAUUGCUCAAUAUUUAACAACGGAAUAAGAACAAUAGCACAAUCAGGAACCUUAGAUUUAAUAGUCGGGAUAAAUUACAGAAAAGCUGUGAAAUCGGGCAUUUUAAAGUUGCGCCUCUGAGCUAUGUCGAGUGGGAAUGCUGCCAUGACA